UAAACGUUAUAUUUUUCAGAUUUAACAAAGACGCCAUGACGACAAAUCCAGCUUAUCCAACAGGUAAAGAACAGCCGUACCCAACGCAGCAACCGAUGGCACAGUAUCCACCAUCGCAGUUCGGCGGCUAUCCUCCUCCGUCGAAUCAAAACGCUUAUCCACCGCCUGUUGAAACGGUACCAGCGUUAAAUCCUGCCUUUCCUCCACCGCCGGCGUACGAUGCUGCUGUGGGGAAGCCUGCAGGAGCGGUGCCGAGUCCAUACGGUCCAAAUUAUUCUUAUGGACCGCAUUAUCAAUCGCAACCUACACCUCCUAGCUACACCACAAGUUCUGAUGUCGAAUACCAAGGAGCAGCGUUCCAUGAUCGGAUCAUUAGCUUCGACAACAAAACUAUCAGGCUUGGUAGGUUGUUUUCAUGCAGGUUGUCUUGAUCGAUCGGAUUUACAAGUUAUUGAAUUUUUUAGAUCUUAUGGUUUCUUUUUCUGACUAUUUCGUUCUCAUACGGUUGUGUAUUUAAUUGGUUUGCAUGCAGAAUAAGCUUUUUAUGUAGUCCUCCUGUCAAGGAUAAAGUCUAUGAAACUUAAAUAUGUAUGUUAAGGCGUGAGAUAAAAUAAAAAUGAACUUGAAUUCGGUAAUGCAGUAAGCCGACCUUUUAUAACGUUAGAAAUCAGCUGAAUAUUACCAUAUUUUCCAGCCGGAUAUUUUUCCUUUGUUUUUCUGGGUCAUUAUAAUAAUUUGUUAUUAUUGGAUGACAGUUAGUGAUAAUAUCAAGAAUUAUGCAGAUCAACUAGAGGGGGAGUUCCCAUGAGAUCAGCAGCCUCCUCGAUCUGUGUAAUUCUUCAUAUCAUUAAACAAAACCCAUAUUGUUCUACUAUUCAUUCAUAUUAUUUCCCACCUUAACAAAAAAUGCUAACCUUGAUCUAUGUGAAGUUUCCGUCUUUAUAACAUUUGCUCAUUCUUCAACAGUUUCUGGUUAUAACAGGAAGUUUGUUCUAGCAUAUAUUCUUCAACUAGCAGCUGUCGUCUAAAAAAUCUUCUGCCAUUUGCUCCAGCUCUAUCAAAGUAGCUGAGCUACUGUGCCUUUUAGUUCUGCUGCCCCUUUAUCUGUUGAUAGAGUGAUUUUACUAAAUCCAUGAAACAAAAUGUAACAAUAAGCGCUACAUAGUAAAGAGUAAACAAAAGAAAGUAAUGAAAUUAGAGUGUAAUAUUGGUUAUUAGUCUACUAUCUAUUACUCGGGUUAAGUAAAAUCACUCGCUACGUAGUAAUGUCCAACAUUUGAACAACCAUGACCAUGAGUUAAUGAGUUAGCAUCUCCCUGUAAAAUGCGUGUUUUGCCAGGAUUGAUAUAUUUAGUUGUUUGUGAAGAAAUAAGUCUGGUGUGACAGUUUACUGAGUUACAUUGUAACUGAUCUAAUUAUGACUAUUAUUCUUUUCUUUUGUCUUUCUUCAUUCACCUGGGUCACAGGAUUUAUAAGGCGGGUAAGUAUGUUCUUGAAUUGUGUGGUAUUAUAACCAUCCUUUCAUUGAUUCAGUAAAAUAACAGACCUUCGCUUAACAUUUGGUGCCUUUAAAGGGACAAUGUCACAGCAAUGCCAACUAUGCGUCCUUGUUCACCAUGGAACUUCAAAUGGACAAUGUCAAAGAAAUCCCAACAUAUCAAACUUUAACAAAUGUUACAACCAUUGUUCUAAAACUAACAAUGGAACUGGAAAAAUCAUUUCCUGUGUUAUUGGGAAGAAAAAAAAACCACAUCUUUAUGUCAAAGGAAUAUUAAAUAUUCUAUUUUUCAUUUUCUCCCAAGCAUCAUAUCAACCCUUUAACAAAAUGUUUUGUUAUUUCUCAACCAUUGAAGUUGAGAUCCUUUUAAAACUACUAAAACCUGAAGGAACUAACGAUAACGUUUUUCACGAAAAAACCACAAUUUCUACUCGUACCCCAGAGCCGGUUUCAAUCGUUCGCAUUUUUGUUUUUCAUCCUUUCGGUUUUCAAGGUUUAAUCCGCUUAGAAAUCAAAACAAAAACCUUUUGGGUAUUUUCCAUUAAAAAUAAAUUAAAUUUAAGCCUUUUAUUUUUUUACGGGAGGGGGUUCUUCUAAUGUUUUGAGAGGUCAUUUUUUGGAAUAACCCAUUUUUACCUUCUUCUAAUAUUUUGAGAGGUUGUUUUUAUGUUUCACUCAAUUUGAAGGCAGUUUCCCUGUUUGAAUUUUGAUAAAUUUCGAGACACAGCACCUGUGUUUAUUGAGGACACCAACGGUGAUCUAAGAUCCUUCACUGCAUGCCUAACACUUUCAAUACCUUUUGUGGGAGAAAACCAAAAAUGCAAGGGUGAAAGAAAUAAGGCCAUUUCCAAGUUCCAAAAACUCUCACUUUCAAAACGAGGCUAAGUGCAAACCAUUCUUGUCUAAAUGAGUUUUAUUUGCAUGAGAGUAAGAAAAAGUAAUGACUUUCUUAUCAGUGGCUUUGCUCUUAGCCUCCCUUUCAAACAGAGGCUUAGCCGGGCAACUGAGAAGUGCCCUUCAAACUUUGGUUGACUCCCAUGUGAAGGGCCAUUUCCUAUUCUUAUGCACUUAAGUUUUUAUACCUUACAAAGUUAUAAGGAAAACAGUAAAAAAUGAGGUAAAAAAGUGUUGGUUGGGAGAUUUUGUAGUUUGCUACAUUCAAGAAAAAGUUAGUGAAAGGCUAACUAUUUUCAAGGGCAGGAAAAGUGUGAAAUGUUAGUGAAGUGCUAAAUAAGGUCAUCCUCAUGGGUUGUUGUGCAUAUAAAAUAAAUAAUUGAUUUGAGUGUAUUUUAGUAUUUUUCUUCUUUUUCAUGUGAAUAUAUAGGUGUUUGCUGUCCUCAUGUUGCAACUUUUGACCACUGUUGGAGCCAUCUGCCUCUUUGUAUUUCAGUAAGAAUUGCACAUAAUCAUGUAUUUUUGCAUAUGAGUUUGUGGUAGUCCUUGUGCAGUUAAGACCAGUUACACUGGGCCAUUUUUCUUGGAACUUGUGUCACAGUGUUAUGUUGUGCUAAUAAGACACAAGUUGCAAGUAAAUUUUGUAUUGUGUCCUCUGAAAUAAAAUAAUAUGUCUGCACAAAAAAAGAAAAACAGUUGAUAAAGUUAGUUUCUUGGUGUUGCAGAUGAAUACAAUCACCAAAAUAGUGUCACAAAAGAUUGGAAAGAAACUGAACAUGUGUGGAGGAACCCACACCACAACACAAUAGCUAAUCUACAAUAGUUUCCAAUGCCAAGAAACACCCUAAAUUAAGUUCUGUACUUCUGAUGAUGAUAGCAGCAGUGUUGCAACAGAUUUUUUUAGGCAAUCUCUGUAAUGCAAGAAUGUGGCAGAAAGCAUUACGCGUCACAUGCCACUUGCACAACAAGUUCCAAAAAACUGGCUACCCCGUAUUUGUACGUGUAGAUGUGAGCAAUGGUUGCAUGAUAAAGAAGCUCUCUUGGAAUAUUGGAGCAUCAGUUAUAAAAAGAAGCAGGCUUUCAAUCAUGGACAAAAGUCUUGGGACACUUUUGCAUUUCUUUGGCAUUUUCCAAUUCACACAUGCUCAACCCAUCACCUCACCCCACAUGUUGGAUAUGUGUAGUCAGAAUUCUUUCCGAGUUUCAAAUUUGUGUUGGGUGGGGGAAGGGAGAACUGCAAGAAAAUUUUGAAAAAGAUGCAUUGUUUUAUAAGGGAACCCAUAAAUUAAUGAAAAUUAUGAAUACUGCUUUACAGUCCCAAUGCAAAGACUUUAGUCCAUGAUUGUAGUUAGAAUGUUGAAAUGUUAAAAUAAUUAUUUGUUAAAACACUCAAUUUGAUCAAUAUUGUGUUUGUCAGAUAAUUUGUUGCUUACCUGAGGUAUUUAUUUGUUGUGAAUAAUAUCUUAUACUGUGAACAAAUAUUAUUUUUCUCUAACGAAUUUUAGAGUUUAACGCCUUAAAAUUCCACAUUUUCUUUACCGUUACGCAGUGAAGGAGUCAAAGAUUUUGUCCAGGAUAACUGGGGAAUGUAUAUUUCAGCCUAGUAAGUCUAACAAUCUAUUUGUCUGUUUUUGUCCUGUGCGUAUGCAUUUUCAUUUUAGCUCUGGCCCCAUUGACACAAUGUUGAUGAGAAAAAUGUUCUUGAUAUGAUGCUUUUUAUAAUGAUGGUGAUUAUCAUGUUGGUGUUGUUGUAGCCAGUGCCACGGACGAAACUUAAACUCUGGUUAAGUCCAUCUGCAAAACAGUGACAAAAUCCUACUUCUGGGCCCCCAGCUGUUUACCAAGAUUUGAGUACUUGCCGUGUGAUAUGAUUGGCCUGUUGAAAAAGCCAUGUCUCAAUUGUCCAUUUGCCAAUCAGGAUGAAUGGAAAUUCAAAACAUACUUCCGGCAAUUCAUUGAGUCAGUUGGGGGGAGAGAACAAGGAUAUUGGCGCUACAUGUACUUCGCAGAUGUUACUAGGCAAAGUUUAUUUACAUCUGCAAGGCAGGCUAUUGUUGGUGCAGCGUGCAGAGAAAGUAGUUUCUGAUAGUCCAGGGCUUGUGGAUUUUGGGAUUGGGCCAGUGAAGUUUUUUGCGGGAGUUCACAUUACAGAAGUGCUGUAAGAAAAAUUGGUGAAAUUCCUUAUUAAGCAUGUGAAUCAUACAUGUAACAUUGUUGCAUUCUGUGAGGUGGGUUGAGUUAGGGUAACGAGAAGCAGCGCAGUCAGUCCCCUGCCCCCAUCAUGUCUUUAGCUGUUCAUAGAUACAGCUGCAAAAGCUUUUCUGCAAAAAAAAAUCAAGAAUUUACAAUGGCAUUAUGUUCUCACCAUUUGAAAUGUGUUUAUUUUUCAGUGUUGUUUUUAUUGUGCUGUAUAUUGUGCUGGUCUGUUGUGAAGGAGUAAGGUAAGAUCAGUAUUAUUGUAUUAUCUAAACUUGCUUGCUGCAUGUGUUUAAUUCUUCGUGAUUCACAUUACUUGUGGAUAAGGUUGACUGCAAAGGUUUGACAUAAAUUGUUACCUAAGUUACCAUAGCAACUGAAAGUACAGCCAGUUGAAAACACUCUUGAUUUUUAAUAGUUAGCUUUAAGUGCCUCUAAUUCAAAAUGAGUUUUGUUUAGUGAGCCCCGUUUUGCUAUUACAUAACAAGGAUAGUGAUGAUAAUUAUAAUACCAUCAACUGACGUGAUACAACUCACUUUGACUCUCAAGAUGACUACUGCACAGGUUGUCUAAACAUCAGUCUCUGCAGUCAACAAGAACAGUCCUAUUCAGGACUAUAUUUACCCGGAUGAUCAAACUCAACCUACUUUUGAAAUAAUAAUAACAAUAAUAAUAGUAUUAAGAACCUUUGUAAAACCUUCACCAACAAUAUUGUUUUUGUGUUUGCAUGUCUGAAUAAAUCCAAUUUUGAUAUAUGAUUUGGCUUUGAGGCAAAGAGAUGAAUUUUUCUUUGUUUUCCCCCAAGCCACAGAGCCAAGAAAGAUUUUUAACGUACUGAAAUAUUAUUGGUCUAUUUACCUUAAGCUACAUGUAGAAUGGUCAUUUACAGACAUGGUACAUGCAUGCAUCUUCAUGCCUGAAUUUUCAGCUAUUGUGACUCUGAAGCAGGCCGCAGAUGGUGAAAGUUGCUGGAUGUCUCGGGCAGCCAGCCACCACAAAUCAUUGUAAACAUGCUAUAGGAUACACGUACUCCCUAAACUAAUCAUUACAUCUACGAAAAUAAUUUAUAUUACGAUAUUUAUUUAUUGUUAAAUUCUUUUUUUCAGGAGGAGCUAUCCUGCCAAUGUUAUCAUGCUUACUUUAUUUGUAAGUAUGAAAACUGAUAACUGCUAACACUAGAACCUACAGCACAUGACCUUGUGUACACCCAAGGGGAGGUACUUUAGAAAAUAAUGUUUGUGUAGGGAUGUGCUGCUGGGACCCCAGAACCCUUAGCCUUUACCAGACCUAGUGUGGCUGAAUUUUGUUACCCUAGACUAGACUAAACUCCCUAAAGUUUGGCUGAAGUAUGUUACCCUAGACUAGACUAAACUCCCCAAAAUUCUCCCUAUCCUAACAAUUUUUCGGAAGUUACUGAGGUAGACGCUUUCUUAUAAAUUUUAGAUUGGCAAAUUUUAUUUGGUUUCCUCAGUCUAGACUCAAACCUUCAACCAAUUGAUCAGUUUCCUGGAAAAUUAAAUGAUUCCCCCUUCCUGACUCCUACAUGUAUUCCUGCCAUGCUUUUUACCAUUUAUAAAACAGAGGACUUGCUAUGAAACUAUCUAGGCUAUGGUAGAGCAAGUUGUUAUGGAUGCAAAACAUCACAGGAUUCUUUUAGUGCAUAUAAUGAUUCCGUGCUCUUUAGUUAACUGGCAUUUUUUUAUUUUUAACUAGACUAUUUCUUUGUCAUACCUUGUGGGAGUGAUUUCAAGGUAGGUGUUAGACAUUUUGAGAUGCCCGUAAAGGUUUGCUCAUUCCCAUGUCUGUGCCAAUAUUUGUUACUGUUUUCCUUGUCUUGCAUGGAGGGGUCUAUCUAGGGUAUUUGAGGGGUAGAAUCUUCCCCCAAAAUGCCCAGCUUUUCCCCCAAAUAUAUUGUUAUCAUUACAGUAUAUAAGUAACUAUAUUGGAAAAAUCAUCCAGAUGUGACGAGGUCAGUACACAUGAAGUAAGUAUUCCCUGUCUAAGGACACUAUAUGACAAGGAACUAAAAAAAUAAAAUAAAAUACCACUGUAACAUUUCUCAAAAUUGUGUCUCAAAAUGCACUAGAUUGCAUCACAGGGCAUAUUCAUUUAAACAAUUUCCCGGGGGGCAUGCCCCCGGAUCCCGCUACGAAGUUCGUGGCCUUUGCCACUUGGUACUUCUCCCCCAAACAAUAAAUCCUAGAUAGAACCCUGGCAUGGUUGACUUUAAGGUGGUCAGGAGUUGUUCCGUGGAAGAAUCUUUGAGUUUUUCCUCUCUCACUCAUCAUGAAGGGUUCUUUUUUCGAAUGUCAGGGAGAUGUUUAGCCUGAGAAAACAGCCAACAUUUUGCGAUGCUGUCACUGGUUCCCCGCCAAGUGACGUCUGAGAAACAAGUGCAGAAAUUCCAUACUGAUGACGCAUCAGUACCCAGAUCUGGGUAGUGUUUCUGAUUGGUCGUGCCACAUGGGAAUUUGAUUUAACCAAUCAGAAGUACUAUCCAGAUCUGGGUUGUGAUGCGUCAUCAGUAUGGAAUUUCUGUGCUCAUUUCUCAGACGUCAUUUGGUGCGAAAACCAGUGGUAGCAUCGCCAAAUGUCGGCUGUUUUUUCAAGCUAGGAAAUGUUAAAUUUUAUGGGUCAUCAAAAAGUUUAGGUAUCAUGAAGUAUUGCCAAUAAUAAAUUGGUUUUGUUUGAAUAGUCAUACAGUAGGAUAUUUUUGUCCAGAGGCUUAAAAUGCAGAAGCAGCUACCUGUUUACUCCUUCCUACCAGACAUCCAUGUAACACUGUCACUCAAGGUUUAACUUUUGUACCACAAACAUCAACAAUAUCCGUCUACUUCUUCUGUUUCAGCUUUCAUUCGACAAACAUAGUCUUGAUCAUGAUGGGUGUUACCACAGUAAGUACCAGGGGGCACAGCAGUUGUAUUGUGCCUAACGCCAGACCUUAUUUAUUACUAAAACUGCUAAUGUCUAGUGUUAGAGGCCUUGUUAGGGUAAAAUUCCAACAAGCAAUGUGACUUUGACACAAUAGUUGAAAAUGUGACAGCGACACCAAGUGUAGUAAACUAAAAACAGGGGUAUGGCUUCCUAUCCGAUGAUAUGGGUAACAAUGGGUUUUAAAAUUCAGACUAGGGACUUAUGUACCCCUUUUCCUUGUCUUAUGAAAAAGAACUCUUGAAGAAAAUCAAAGCUAAAGUUUGCAGAAAUUGAUGGUAAUUAAGAUUCUAUAUCCAAACCACCACUACAGAAGUGAUUCCCUUUGUUUUCCUUCAUGAAUUAUAGUAAUGUGGUUGAAAAUUUUAGUUCAAGUUUGUGUUCAGACUAUUCACUAUCUCUGUUGCAAUUUUUUUUUUUCAGCUAAUGUGUGCAUCUAAAUAAUAAAUCUUUGCCUGAAAUAACCAAGAAUAAAUGAGUAUACUAAGCUAUAAAAAAUACAAGGUAAAAACCAAAGAAUACAGACACUAUAGAAUCUACUAAAUUAUUUAAAAGAUAAAAUAUAGCAUUAUAAUCAUCUCACAAUUGCAAUUCAUCAAGUAAUUAACUUAAAUAGAAAAAUGAUCAAGAUUCUGCUGUUGUUUAAAAAAUUCAUUCCACAAUUUUAGUUCAAGUUUGUGUUCAGACUAUUCACUAUCUCCGUUGUAAUUUUUUUCAGCUUGUGUGUGCAUCUGUGAUGAUCUUUGCCUGUCAGACCAAGGUAACUUUUAUUUCUUCCAUCCAAAACUUUAUGUGAUGUUAAUUUUUUUCAUUCACAUCUGAAAAUCUUACCUCAGGAGUGACUGAAGGUAAAACCAGAAUCCCAUUUACUAUUUGAAAAAUCAGUUCCAGUUACCGAAAAAUGGCUGCAAAGGCAUGAAACUAGUAUCAAAGAUGGCUAGAAGAAAUUGCGGCACAAAUUUUCAUAUGAAACAUUCCAUCUGGAAAAACAGGACUACCUUCUCAGAUGUUCCAGUGUUCCCGGAAAUUUUCCACUAAAACAAACAAAAUGUUGUAUUCUGUUGGGUUCCAAGUGAAUACUCUUGAAUUUUUGUAAAUGGUAAACAGCAAUUGCCUCUGUUUACUUUUAAGCUGCAUUAUCUCUAAUCUCACUGUCUCUUAUCUAAAUGUCAACUUUACAGUAUGAUUUUACGACAUGGGGAGGAGUGUUGUUCUGCGCAGCCCUGGCAAUCUUUUUCCUCAGCAUCUUCACACCACUCUGGUUGGCUCUCAACACAACGGUAGGCCAUCAUUUCUUUUCAGUUUACUGUACAAGAAAGUGACACUCCCGGGAUUAAAAUCCGGGGGGUGGACUCUUGUAUAAGAUUGAUGGGGAUGCACAGCAGAAAAUUAGACUACAACCCAUAACCCCCAAUAUCCACCUACAAUUUCUCAAGGCUGUUCUCUAUGCAUUUCAUUAAAAAAUUAGUCGAGAGAAUUUGUUUAAAGAUCAAAGCAUUUUCCCUGAGGUGAUCAUUUUUGAAAUUCUCGUAAGCUUUUCUAUUGAUCAUGUAUUGAUAGUGUUAGGAGAAAACUGAUUUUUGUCACACCAGUCUGGGUGUGGUCAGGCUUUGUUUGACCCUUCGUGGUGCCUUAUAACUGCAGCCAGUGCGUGUGGGGUUUCUCAAAGAUACAAAGUUGAAAUCGUUACCUCUAUUUCGGCUUUUGUUUAGAAAAUAGAAGUAACAAGGCAAUUUUUGACUCCCAAGAAGACGAAAGGAAUGUGCUCCGGAAUUUAAGACGCUGGCUGACUACGUCAUCCCGCAUAAUAAUCAAUGCUUAUACUGCACUGUGUAACAACACUUCCUGAAAACUUACUCUACAUUUUUAUCAUGACAGGCUGGAAAGAUUAUCAUUGGAGGUUUACUUGCCUUGGUUUUUGUUGCAGUAAGUAAAAACAAUGAAGUUCACUUUUCGUUCAUGUUUCUUUUUUUGUCUUUGACUUUGACACUUGUACCGCAUUAUUAUAUUAUUUUCAUUACCGUUCACACUAAUUUUUUUGGUUUGAAAUGCAGUUUUAUUUUUUACAUUUUGGGGCAAAUCUUAUCACAUCUUGCAUUGUCAAAUAUUUUCUGGUUAUGGAUUAUGUAAUGAGAAGAUGCAUGAAUCUGUCAAAUGGGCGAAAGAAAGUACUAAAAAAGUUUAUAACAUUGACAGGUUAAUAAUGCAUUUAAAAAAGUUUUGUAUUUCCACCCUCUGGCACUUCCUUUUUGAAAACUGUCAAUUGCUUCAGUCUUUUCAUGACACCAUUUUGCAAAGGAAGGACUUUUAUCAAAAGCCUUAACUGAAAGGGUAAAAAAUAGAUAGUCAAACUCUUUCUAUUCCUUCCUCUCAUCCAAAAUUUAAACUUUUGCUUUAUUUUUUCACCAGGAAGGGAAGUAUAUGUAAGCUAGUUUUCAAGUUAAUAUUGAAAAUUUCAAAAUUUUGAUUAGUUUUCAUUGGUUCUUUUUACCUAAAUGGUUAACACAAAAAAUAGUUUUAAAAGCUUUAAAUGUUCUUUGGCAAAACUUCCAUAGACAAAUGGCUUAGGAAAGCAUUCAGAAACUAGAUCAUGACUGCCUUGUUUGUCCCUGUCACUUUUAUAGUUCCUGGCUUAUGAUGUCCAGCUUGUCAUGGGAGGACGAAAGUAUGAGCUGAGUCCGGAGGAGUACAUCUUUGCCUCUCUUAUACUCUACAUGGAUAUCAUUCGCAUCUUCCUUUUACUUCUUGCCAUAUUCGGCCGUGGUAGCAACUAAACAGUGUCAUCAGCAGUAUAAAUUAUUAUCCUCGUCAAUAUGUAACUUCUUGCUGGUGUAGCACUUAAAAAUCUUGUAAGCAGAAUGUUAUGUCGUUGUGUUAUUGAAGUGUAAAUUGAAGUAAUAUUAGCCUAGUGAGUAAGGUGACUGUUGGUAGAUCAAAUGCUUAUCAGUAGGUAACUCUAUUUAUUACAUUAUCCUUCCACAAGAAGAAGUGAAAACUGCUUUGUGUGUUCACGGAUUUCAUAAGAUAAAGCAAGUUCAGAAACUUGUCUUGCAUGCUAAUUCUGUGUGGAGAAUUUAACUGAUGAUCACUGCUAUUACUUUGAGUGAUUGUUUAGUUAAUCAUACAAGUGAUUAACAAAAUCGGACGACCACGUAGCGGGAGUCCGAUUUGUUUUAUCACGAGUGUGAUUAUAGACUGAAUUGAAUGACACCAAGUUCUGUUACCAAUUAAUCAUAACUACAACAAAACUUUUUAAAUUUUAGGCUUUUUUCUAAUUAGAACACACGAAAUUCUGAGAGUUUUUUUUGCUAGCAGUGAAAAAAAGCUGUCUAAGUGCAAAUGUGGAAUCGCAUGUACUGUCCAAUUACAGGCAUGACGCAUCCUGUCCUAUCACACUGUCCCAUUAAUGCUAAAAUCAGGACAGUUGAUAGCCAAUCAGAUUUGAGAAUUUUGUCAUAGUUAUGAUUAACAUCAGAAUCUAUGAGUUGGACUUUACCUUCUGAGGAGAGGACAAGCAUCAGCUUGCCCAAAGGGCAGUGUAUUAAUUCCAAUUACAGUACUAACAAAGAGAUUGUAGUAGCUUGCAUAAUAUUUAACGAAAAAUAUCAUUGUAAAGAAUAGAAAUAUUAUUAUGCAAUUUAAAGACCAAGGUUAUUGGACAGGACUUCAGUUGUGCCUUGCAUAGUUGAGUGGGUACAUGUAGUUUAUAGUACAUUUAGAUGGCUUGCAUAGUUGUGUUUUUUAUUGAAGGACCUGUCCCUGUAGCUAAUAAUGGCAUCAGAUUUUGACAUACAUAGGUGCACAAUGCUCCCCUAAAAAUGUUGUGGUAGUCUAUAACGUAUGUUUACAGUUUUAAUACUUUCAUUCCAAACAGUGCACAAAUUCUCUUUUUUCACUUUUAUGUCAUCAAAAAUAGAAAUCGAAACCCAUUCAAUACAGAAAGUCCAGAAUCUGGGAAAUGAAAGGGGAUAAAUAUGUAAAAGGCCUCGCCAAGGAUCAUGUCGGUGCAAUAUUUCAUAUGCGAGAUACUCUGAGGCCAUCUAAAUGCCACAUCACGCAAAAGCUUGGAAAUUCAAGAACCCUCUAUUGACAAAACGGAGAACCUUUUCACACCGAAAUUUUGUGUAAGUAAAAGUGUGUAGCUGAUGAUAAACCUCAUGAAAGUAAACACUCAGAAGAAUGGAUAAUUCUUCAGUUUGAAUUUUGGUGACAUACAUCAUGUGAAAACUGAGAGUAUUAAAAUGAAAAAAAUCCCCCAAGUCAAUAAUAAUAUUAAUAAUAUUAUUAAUUUAUUAAUGAAAUUGGGGAUUUUUACCUUGUUAAAGGACUUUUGACAAGGUUUUAAAUAGUCACACUUUAGGAUUUGGUGCACAUAAAGUACAUGGAAGUGGAAAGGUUAAAAUGGCCUGUGUGAAAGGUUGUAUUUAACCGCUUUGUUUCAUGUAUAUUAAUAGAACAAAAACUCCUAUUCAUACCUGACCAAGAUACUGGUAGUAACAAAAUCAUGGCAAAAUGUAGAAUUAAUUUAUACUUAAUACCAGUUGUGUUAUUGAUGAACAGGAUUUUAAAUUGUUUUGUAUAGUAAAAGUCCCCAGCUUUAGAAGCUGAUAUUAGAAGACAGACAAGACUAGACAGUUCAUAAUCCCUCAUUUUUCUGUAAGAACAUCAAGAUCGAGCACCUCACUGGCGGCUAUUUUGUAAUGGUAACGGAAAAAUAGCAAACUGUGUCUACAAAAAGAGUUGUAGGAAGUGACCUGCAUGGAUGUAGAAUUAUGGUGCGACUGGGAAAACCAUGAAAAUUUGAAAUAUGUCAAGAAUGUUUAUUGUGUUAGACAAUCAC